AUGGCGCGGCGGCCCAACAUCCUGGUGACCGGCACCCCCGGGGUCGGAAAAAGCAGCCUGAGUGCGCAGCUGGCGCAGGAGCUGGGCCUGCAGCACCUGAACGUGGGCGAGCUGAUAAAGAAGGAGUGUCUGUACACCGCGUGGGACGAAGAGCUCGACUGCAGCGUCUUCGACGAGGAGCUCCUGGAGCAGCGCCUCAGCGAGCUGCUCGCCCCCCCCGCCCCCGAGGCCCCCGAGGCCCCCGGGGCCCCCGGGGCCCCCGGGGCCCCGGGGGGCCCCGGGGGCCUCGUGGUGGACUUCCACAGCUGCUGCUGCAUGCGGCGGAGCUGGUUCGGGCUGGUGUUUGUGCUGCGGGCCGACACGGAAGUGCUCUACGACCGCCUGCAGGCGCGGCUGUACCCGCCCGCGAAGAUCCAGCAAAACUUGCAGGCCGAAAUUUUCCAAGUCCUUUUGGACGAGGCCCGCGAGGCCUUUGGGGCCCCCAACGUGCAGCAGCUCCCCAGCAACGACAUCCACGACUUCCACCGCAACCUCCAGACCAUCAAGCAGGCCUACCAGCGCCUCCUUGAGCCUCGAAGCGCCCAGAACUAG